AUGCUGAAUCAAAGCUUUGUCACUGAGUUCAUACUUCUGGGACUUACACAGAACCGAAAAGUUGAGAAAAUAUUGUUUGUUUUCUUUUUGUUGGUCUACCUUUUUACUCUUGGGGGCAACAUGAUAAUUAUGGUAACAAUUGUGUGCAGUCCCACACUCUUUGGUAUCCCCAUGUACUACUUUUUGUCUUUUCUAUCUUUCUUGGAUGCAUGCAUUUCUUCUGUAACGACACCCAAGAUGGUUAUAGACUUCUUCUUUGAGAGGAAGAGCAUCUCCUUUGAAUGUUGCAUGAUACAGCUAUUUGGUGUCCACUUCUUUGCUGGGGCAGAAGUGAUUGUCCUGGCAUCCAUGGCCUAUGACCGCUAUGUGGCCAUUUGUAAGCCCCUUCACUAUACUUCCAUCAUGAACAGGAGGGUGUGUGGCAUUCUAGUGGGAGUAGCUUGGGCAGGAGGUUUCUUGCAUUCUAUCAUACAAAUUAUCUUCACAUUGCAGCUACCCUUCUGUGGACCCAAUUUUAUUGAUCAUUUCAUAUGUGACUUGUUCCCGUUACUAAAGCUUGCCUGCACUGACACACAUAUUUUUGUCAUUUUAGUGUUUGCCAACAGUGGGUCUUUCUGCAUCAUUAUUUUUUCUUUAUUGGUUGUUUCUUAUGGUGUCAUCUUGUACUCUCUGAGAUCUCACAGUUCUGAAGGGCGGCGUAAAGCUCUCUCCACCUGUGGAUCCCACAUUACUGUUGUGCUUUUGUUCUUUGUCCCAUGCAUAUUAAUAUAUGCACAAAAUACUUCUCCAUUAUCAUUGGAGAAAAAUGUUUUUAUAUUUUCUCAUGUGUUGACCCCAUUGGUGAAUCCCAUAGUUUACACUUUCAGGAAUAAAGAAAUGAAGAAUGCUAUUGGGAAAAUGUGGAGGAGAUUAAGGAUUGCAUUCAUUCAGUUUGUCAGAUUUAUUGAGAGAGGCAGAGAAAGUGUUUAAUAAGAGAGAAACUCCCGAAGAGUGGGAGGAGAGGAUGUGG